AUGGCAGCUUACGGAGCAGCAGCAUAUCCCCCUCAACCGGGGGCAGGUGCAGCUCAGGCAAAUGAUCCGAAUGCAGCUGCAGCGGCUGCUGCAGCCGCUGCUGCCGCCGCUUAUCAACAGUACGAUCCAGCAACGAUAGCACAGUAUCAGCAG